AUGUCUUCUCAAAAAGCCUGCUACGUUUGCGGGAAAAUCGGUCACUUGGCCGAAGAAUGCGAGUCUGAAAGAUUGUGCUACAACUGCAAUCAGCCUGGCCACGUCCAAUCUGAGUGCACGGUUGCGAAAACUGUGGAAUUCAAACAAUGCUACAACUGCGGGGAAACCGGCCACGUCAAGUCCGAAUGCAGCACACCUAGAUGCUACAACUGUAAUUUGACCGGUCACAUCUCCAGAGAGUGUCCAGAACCCAAAAAGCCCAGAGUCGGUGGCAGCAACGCAGCUGCUGGCGCAGCUGCCGGUGCUGGUGGUUUCGGCAGAGGUGGCUCGAAAGUGUCGUGCUACAGAUGCGGCGGGCCAAACCACAUGGCCAAGGACUGCUUGCAGUCCGAGGCCAAGUGCUACGCCUGUGGCAAGACAGGACACAUUUCCAGAGACUGUGCUGGUGGUUCUGCUGCCAAGACUUGCUACAACUGCAACGAAGCCGGCCACAUCUCCAGAGACUGUCCUGUUGCGUAA